GAAGGCGUUUAGAUGAGAAAAGGGCUUGGAUGUGGUUGUAAGGGCUCUGCGGCAUUAGCUGAAGAGGCAAUGACUAGCAGGGAUUGCUGAGUGGAUUUUAUGUCCGUGGUGAUGUACAUCGGAGUGCUGCAGUAUGCCAGUUGUUGUGGUGAGGAUCUCCUCCCACCUCAUUGCUAUUUGUCAUCAUGGCUGACACAAGUGACCUGGACCAUCAGAUAGAGCAGCUAAUGCGUUGUGAACUCAUCAAAGAAAGUGAGGUGAAAGUGCUGUGUGCCAAAGCCAGGGAGAUUCUUGCUGAGGAGAGCAACGUACAACAAGUAGAUUCCCCGGUCACUGUGUGUGGGGACAUCCACGGGCAAUUCUAUGAUCUCAAAGAACUCUUUAAAGUGGGAGGAGACAUUCCCGAGACCAACUACUUGUUCAUGGGAGAUUUUGUCGACCGAGGCUUCUACAGUGUUGAGACGUUCUUGUUGCUAUUGGCACUGAAGGUCCGCUAUCCAGAUAGAAUCACACUGAUCAGAGGGAACCACGAAAGCAGGCAGAUUACUCAGGUUUAUGGCUUUUAUGAUGAGUGCUUGCGCAAAUACGGAUCAAUAACGGUGUGGAGGUACUGUACAGAGAUCUUUGACUACCUCAGUCUCUCCGCUGUCGUGGAUGGAAAGAUCUUCUGUGUUCAUGGUGGCCUCUCUCCAUCCAUCCAGACCCUGGACCAGAUCAGAACAAUAGACAGGAAACAGGAAGUGCCCCAUGAUGGCCCAAUGUGUGAUCUCCUAUGGUCUGACCCAGAAGAUACCACCGGUUGGGGCAUCAGCCCCCGUGGAGCUGGCUACCUCUUUGGCAGCGAUGUUGUUGCCCACUUCAAUGCUGCCAAUAGCAUAGAUCUGAUUUGCCGUGCCCACCAGCUGGUGAUGGAGGGAUACAAGUGGCACUUCAAUGAAACUGUUCUAACUGUGUGGUCAGCACCCAACUACUGCUACAGGUGUGGAAAUGUCGCUGCUAUACUUGAAUUGGACGAGCAUUUGGAGAAGGAAUUUACAAUUUUUGAAGCUGCCCCUCAGGAGUCCCGAGGGGUGUCAUCCAAAAAGACAGUUGCUGACUACUUCCUCUGAAGGAGCACCACCCUCGGUCUGAAAUCUUGAUGCAAACACCGAGCCUGCUGAAGAUUUCUUUUGGAGGGAGGGAGGGCGAUAAAAUAGUGUACAGUAUUUGAAAAAGAUCCUACAUUCCUGAAGGCAAAGACUAGGCGGUCUGACUGGGAAGUAGCACACGUUGCUCAGUGCUGUACAUUGUGGGGACAGUAGUGUGAGCUCUCAAUCCAGGGUGUUCAUCCUUUAAAUUGGGGAAAAAAAAGUGAACUGUUUUUAAAGAAAGUGUGUGCCUCUUUAAGCUGACAGCAGUGUUGAAGAAACGAUUUGCCAGGUAGUGACUGCUGUUUACACUUGGACUAAAACAGAAUUGGCACUUUUUUGUUUUAAAAGAAUUUUUUAAAAGAUUUUUUAAUUAGUCACAAUGAAAAUUCCUUUGCUUGCUGUGAUCCUUGGAUUGUAUCUUCCCCAGAUGCACUUCUUGUGUAUACUGGUAACUGAGUUUUACAGUGAGGACUAACUUGUUAAAGAAUAGCAGCAGUGAAAUCUUGUCCUGAAAUACCCUUCUGAGCUAGUUUAAACUGGCAGAGAUGCCUCAUAUAGUCUUAAUGUGCUGUACCUUGUUUUAUGAUUGUUUGAUUGAUGUGCAAAAUAAGAGCAUUGGAUUUUGUACUGAGCUAUUUGGAAUGGUCAGCCGGACAGGUUGCAUGGUGGCUGGCUGUGAAACUACGAUUUGACCCAUUCUCACGUUUCAAUCCCUCCCUGAUCCGGGGAAGUGUUUCCCUCGGCAGCCCAGAGCGCUGUGUGGGCUGUGAUGAUACAAACCCAUGGCAGAUGGUCUACAUUUAAGCCAUAACUGGCACCCUACCCAGAAACCUGGUUGCUGCUGCUGCCUGUUUGGUGAAGGUACUCAGCCUGUUUGUGCAUUCAAAAUGGAAACUUCCAGAUUGGUGUCUGUGGAUGGUUUAUUCAGUCUAACAAGGAGGGACUUGGUUACUUCACGUGGGGACCAGGAUGCUGGUUAUGUAGGUGCAAGUUCCACUAGUGGAAAGAGGAUCCAGCUAUGAUCCUGCAGUCCAGCAGCUUGCUGCUGUUCACCGAGUGGGACUCAUGUUGGUGAGGGCAUGCUAGAAAGACCUUGGUGGAUGCCCAGUACCUGUGAAGUCAAGCAUUCAGCAGUGCAGGGAGGGGAGAGGACUGUCUUAAGAGGAAAUCGGUCUGCCUGAUACGGCUCCACAUUGGAGAAAUGACUGGUGCCAGAGUGCCUGAGUAGGAGCUGGGCAACUGCUAAGAGAUUCCUCUGCCAAGCUGGGGCAAGGGUCAUUGCUGGCAUUUCACCAGGUAAAACCGUACUGACACUCCUGCACCCCCUCCAUUCCUGAAUCUGUUCUGUCAGCAAAGCCAGCCUCGAAAUCAGAAAAUUAGUGCCAUCUGUCUGGAAGCUGCAUGAGUGAAAAACAAGAUUCCCAGAAAUAACUUGGUCAAAUCAAAUUCAGAGCUACUUUCUAUCCAAUUGUUAGUCCCUAUCCCAACCCUAUUCAAGAUGUGUUUGCACUGGCAGUUACUGCUCCUUUACAGAUGUUAAACUGACGGUGUCAACCCAGAGGCUGGAGGUAACCCUGUGGAGUGGAGACCUUCCACUCUACACCCAAUGGGGCACCUUGAACUGCUGCUGUUUAAGAAUGAAAUGCAAAUGCAGAUGAGGUUUGAAACGGUACUGGAAAGGGACUGAACUUUGAAUUCUCCUGGUGUUUCUCCCCCAUGUGUGCCCCCAAUCCACCUCCAGCCCUCACCUUGAGAUCCAGUCACCAAGUAACUGGCAACGUGAGGAAAUGAAGACAGGAGGCUGUGUUGUAGUGAUCAGUGAGACUAACUGAGGUAUUGCCUUGCUGGGCUGUUUGAUCUCCAGGUCAGUUGAGCAUCAUUCAGGAUCUUUAGCUUGGAUAUGACUUUCAAGAUUCACUAGUUGUGAGGGCUGCUUUCAUUUCCCUUCUCUUUCCCCAUCACCUCUUCUUUCACCUGUGCCCCGAUCAUCCCCUCUCUCUUUUUCUCUCUCCUUGCCUCCUUUGCUCUCUUCCCCCUUGCCUCCUUUGCUCUCUUCCCCCUUGCCUCUUUUUCUCUCUUCCCCCGUGCCUCUUUUUCUCACUCCCCCUUGCCUCUUUUUCUCUCUCUCUCUCUCUCUCUUUGCCUCUUCCCCGCGCUCGCUCUCACCCCCUUCUCUCUCCCAGUGAUUUUACCCGCUGUCUGGGAGCAGCUGUCUUUUACUUUUGAUUUAGGUUUGGAAUGUUAAGCCCCUGUCCCCUAGAUUUUUAACCAUUAGAUUUUGAUCUGUCUUUAUUUUAAAACCUGGAGGUUAUGUUAAUGCAACAGAACUAAACUAAUCUCUGUCUGACAGGUGAUCUUUUCACUUGCUGAAAAUCCCUCAAUCCAAUUGUUGUGACUCGGGAAGAGCCGUUCAGACCAGGCCCAGUAGGGGGCAGUGUAACAGUAAUUUAGGGAAUGUGAUGAACACCUCAUCAGGCUGCUGAACAGUCAGUGUAACUCCUGGAAUAAGAUUCUCUGUUCAAAUGAUAACCCAGUUCCCUGAAAUAGGAAAAGGGAUGAAUUGGCGGGGGUCUCCUGCUUCUGAUCAAGUGAUCUCUUUUUCGGGGGGGAGAGAGAGAGUGUGGAUGCUGCAUGAGAACAGAAGGGCACUCUGGCUAGGAUGUGCUCCCCAGUUGAAUAAUCAGUCAAAAUGCCUUGUCCAGGCACAGGUGAGGGAUGGAUGCUUUGGUGAGGGCAGGGUGUAUUUUGUAUAAUUCAAAGUAAGUUUAAGGAGAGAAACCCAUGCCGUGAUACACCUUGUCGGAUUGUCUGUCCAGUUACUGAAUUUUUCAAGCUCUUGCUGCAUUGUGAGCGGGAGGACCAAAGGUGCUAGUGUAAAUUGUGUCUCUGACAUUUUGUCCCAGUUCAUGGCCCAAGGUGAAGGUUUGAGCCCCACCCCCCCUCCCCCAGCCAAACCUGGGUUAAAUAGCUGUCAGGCUGCAGAUAACCUUUAGUAGACUGGACAAUGUGAAGCUGAAUUAUAAUAUCCCUGAUGGAGUCACAAGCUAAAAAUUUUCCAGGAAUUGCCAAAUUUUUAGUUUUUUAAUCCAUUUAAAGAAUUUUGCAUAAAUUAGCAGUUUUUCCGAUGGGGAAAGUGCUGUUAUUUUUGUAAUAACUUGUAUUCUGUUUCUAAAUGUUUCUGUAGAGUAAUAUUUGACUUCUAUUAAACAUGCUGGAUGUCUGUACUAUAUAGAGCCAGAACCCUGGACAAAUACAGGACUAGUGUUUGGUGAGACCUGUUGAGCCACUAGAAGUUGCUGGAUAAGGAUUUGUUAAAUCCACCUGUGAUUUAGCAAAACUGUUUUAAAUAAAGUUUUAAUAUUAUGACAA